UAUACAUGUGUCCUGUUUCUCUACAUGGUCUCAAACAAAUGGCUUCUCCUGGGCUACUUUUCACAUGUUCAACAGUUUUCUUCUUCUUCUUCUUCUUGUCCUUUUUCCAGUCCCCUUCUACUGCCUUUUCUUCCUAUCCAAACGAUGAUAAUCACCACAAGAUCUCAGCUGUUGGUUUUCAGAAGGUUAAUCUGUCUCUCUACUAUGACACUCUCUGCCCAUCCUGCGCCACUUUCAUUGUGAAAAAUCUCGCAGGAGUCUUCGACAAAGAUCUCAUCACUAUCACCAAUCUCAGGCUGGUUCCCUGGGGCAACUCUUUUGUCAAUAAAUCUAACAAUGCCAUUGUUUGUCAGCAUGGUUCUGAUGAAUGCGUACUAAAUACUUUGCAAGCCUGCGCCAUUGACGUUUUGCGUGAUGUGGACAAGCAUUAUGCUUUGAUCUACUGCUUUGAGUUUCUUGUCAUUGAGGGAAGGCACAACGAUUGGCAAAGUUGUUUCGACUCUCUGGGGUUGCCUAAGAAACCCGUUUUGGAUUGCUAUGUCAGUGGAAAUGGAACAAAGCUUAUACAAAAAUAUGCUGAUGAAGCUGCCCAUCUCAACCCACCUCAUAAAUCUGUGCCAUGGGUGGUUGUGAAUAAUCAACCCCUCCAAGAGGACUAUCAAAAUUUUGUAGCCUAUGUCUGCAGGGCAUACAAAGGGAAUGGUGCACCACAGGUCUGCAAAUCAGUUGGACCAAAGAUCAACUAGAUAAUUAGAAGGCAUAGGAAUCCAUUAAACUCUCCAUAUAUGUGAAAACAAGAAGACUAGAUGCCCUUAAGCAGAAGAAUAUCCAAGGCAACUGAAAACCUCAUGGUUGCACCUUGUGGUGGAAGCUUCAGAAGGAUUUACAAUAUGUUUCAAUAGCAUACAUUAGCUUGAAUAUAAGAAGUAGCUCUGUUUCAGUAACAUGUGGUAGAGCAGAAGUCCUAAUGCUUAUGUGACUCAGCAACUAUGAAGUAGAAUUUCCUUAUGUGA